AUGUCUCCCAUGGCCUCUCCCGUUGCGUCAAGGGCAAGCCUUUUGGGCCUUCCUUUGGAGCUGCGCGACCAAAUCUAUUACUACUACUUCAAGGCAGAUGGCGGCUAUGUUUCAGACGGAGAUAAGCUGCUUCAGGCCAGUGGUCAGACUGCUCAGAUAUCGCUGAUAUUAGCAUGUCGCUCCAUCGCCUCCGAGACGCGGCAUCUCCCGUUCACUCUCAACCCAAUCACCUUUUCGACGGUAUACCGGCCAGAUUGGAGGAAACAGGCCCUUAUGCUUAAUCAGAUAGCUCAUCACCACAUAUACCUCCUACGGGGAAUGGUCCUUCGGCUUGGUCGACUUUUGACACCUGAUAUGUACGAGGAGCCUAGUCCUGAAUAUUCUCAAUACAUGCACAUUGUGAUGGAAGAAGUAGCAGAGUUCAUCAGGAACUGGGACCGACGUACUGAGCUUUCUACCGAAGUGAGGAACUCUUGCGCCUUUUUUGAUGCUCAAGAAUUUAGAGAUGGUGCUGGGUCUAGAGUUGGGGCCGCCUCAAUAAGACUACGAGGAGAUGAUAGCACUGUGGCAUUGAAACGCACGAGGUCCUACCUAUUACGACAACUUGCAGACAAGCACCCCACAGAAUUCUCCCAGGCUAUCGAAGAAAUCUUGCCUGGUUGGAAUGAUUCACAUUCAAUUGACGACUUCUUCAGCCUAGGAUUCGAUUCAUGGGCUAUGCCGACUCGAUCUGAAGUCAAGAAAAUGGUAGAUCUCAUGCAAAACACCAAGUAUUGGCAGAAUGGGGAUGCAUGGUACCAUCUAGGCUUUGAUAUCCCUGGCUACAAUGGCUCGAAAUAUCGAUAUAAACGAAAAUAUUGGUUCUCAGCUACCGCCCAAGCUAUCAGGUUCCUUAGACAACUUCCUCGGAAACAGCGCUUCUUGAUAUCUAAGCUUAUCCUUAACGAAGAACGAUAUGCAGCAGCCUUUCCUGAGUCUCAUAUAAUAGGCAUGAUUCCUUUUUGUCGAGAGAAUCCGAAGCUUCAUGUUGAGCACCGUAUAAAUCUUUGGCGGAACAUCCUUGCCAGAGGCGAUGACAAAAGGAUCCGAGGCCUUAUGUUUUGUAUCGAAGGCCCCCCUCUGGUUUUGGAUAAUACUCCAGAAUGGCAUCAGAUCGUACCUGGAUUUAUUGGGAGAGCCUUUACCGGAUUCAUUCUGCAUCUAUUGGAGGCCUUGAAAGAAGGGUUGCCUUCAGACUCAUAUUCCCUUAUUGUCAGCGGCUAUCCUGAUCUGAAUCGUGCCACCGAGGUCUUUUCUACAUCUAUAAAACCUCAUAUUGCCUGGCUCACGGCUAAUAUGACGGAUUGUAUCGCCUACCGCCUGAUCGCCCCAUCCGGCCACCACGAAUAUCCAUUUCCCACCAGGAACUCAACCGGAGGAGUCGCUCCUGUGAGCGAGAGGAGUGCCAUAAUCCAGUGCGAUUUCACUCUUGACCAGCCUUGGGACUGGGAAAAGAUUUAUGAUGAAUCCGAAGUGUCUACAGUCUCGACUCUAGGCCGUUUAUCGAUCUUUGGUGUAGGCAAUGGGGAUGACUUCCUCGACGUUACCACUGAUAUGCUUGAUUGGGAAAGUAUCUUAAGGGAAAGCUAUGAGAUGGAGGAACUUUCAGAGGGGCUUUUUGCAGAGCCCUGCAAUGAUCGUUACUUGGCAUGA